GUGAAGGUUUGGGGAUCUGAUUACGCCGAUUGCAUCAUCUAAAAACAAUGGCGACGAACAAAAUCGUUCGUUUGAUCGCACCAAGCGGAUCCGUCUCCUCUAGAUUCAUGGAGCCAGUGUCACGUUUUUUUAGCUCCGGUACUCCUCCUCCUCCACCGCAAGCUCAAUCUCAGACUCCGAAUCAGGAUAACGUGAAGCCAGAUCAGAAUCUUCAAGAGAAGGAAGAGGAAGAAGAAGAAGGAGGUGAGGAGUUUAUGAACAAAGAUACUGGUGAGAUCGGAGGACCUAGAGGUCCUGAACCGACUCGGUACGGCGACUGGGAACAACGUGGUCGAUGCUCUGAUUUCUGAGGCGAUCCUUAUAAAAUAGUAGGUUGGUUCUUGGAAAAAUUUGGGGAACAAAUUCGUUUGAUAUAUAUGUGUUUAUGUAAUUGCAAAUAAGGGAGAAGAGUGAAGAAGAAACUUUAGUUUAAGUUCAAAUUCUUAAUAUUCUUCUAUGUUCGUUUCGUUGUGUGCUUUCAUUUCAUGUUUGCCUUGCUUAGGGUUUAUAUAUUUGAAUACAAAAGAAACUCUUCUAUA